CACACGAUGAAAAGCGUCUGCCAAACCAACGGUAACGGGAGAGUACACAUCAGUACCGGCAGGCGUGACUCACGAGUAGAGGAAUGCGGCCCUUUAUGAGCGGGUUUGUCUCUUUAAAGUUUCUUCUCUGACCGGAAAGCCAGAAUAAAAGUGAAAGGACAAGAGGGGAAAGAAAAAGAAAACGAAAAUCUUUUUCACGACAGAAAAGUAGAAACGAGAGGCAGAGCGAGAAAGAGUCGCCGGAAUUUUAUUGCGGGCAAUCUCUGCGAUCUUGCGGGAAAAGUGUGUUCUCGGUAGCUGGAUUCGGGUUUCAUUAGUAGGAUCGAUUUUUUUGGCGGUGAACAGAGAUGGUGAAUUCAAUGGUGGAACGAGCGACGAGCGACAUGCUGAUCGGCCCAGAUUGGGCCAUGAACAUCGAGAUCUGCGAUAUGCUCAAUCACGACCCUGGGCAAGCGAAGGAUGUUGUUAAAGGUAUAAAGAAGCGCCUUGGCAGUAAGAAUCCAAAAGUUCAACUUCUCGCCCUAACACUACUGGAGACAGUCAUAAAGAAUUGUGGGGAUAUUGUUCAUAUGCAUGUUGCAGAGAAGGAUGUUCUUCAUGAGAUGGUGAAAAUAGUGAAGAAGAAGCCGGACGUUAAUGUCAAAGAGAAGAUAUUGAUCCUGAUAGAUACUUGGCAAGAAGCUUUUGGAGGACCAAGGGCAAGAUAUCCCCAAUACUAUGCUGCAUACCAAGAAUUGUUGCGUGCUGGGGCAGUAUUCCCUCAGAGAUCCGAAAGUUCUGCACCUGUGUUCACACCUCCACAAACACAUCCUUUGGCAUCAUAUCCUCAUAAUCUACGCAAUCAUGAUAAUCAGCAAGAGACAACUGAGUCAUCUGCAGAGUCUGAGUUUCCAACCUUGAGCCUGUCAGAAAUCCAGAAUGCACGUGGCAUCAUGGAUGUCCUUACAGAAAUGCUGAGCGCAAUAGAGCCAGCGAACAAAGAGGGGCUUAGACAGGAUGUUAUUGUUGACUUGGUGGAACAGUGUCGUACAUACAAGCGGAGAGUAGUGCACCUUGUUAACUCGACUUCGGAUGAGUCACUACUGUGUCAAGGACUAGCACUGAAUGAUGACUUGCAGCGUGUACUGGCCAAGCACGAAGCAAUUGCAUCAGGAACUUCUCUUCAAGUAGAGAAACCCAACCCUGAACCUGUUAGAGGACUUGUUGAUGUUGAUGGUCUUCUGGUUGAUACUGGAGAGAAAAGCAAACAGCGUGAUGGGAGAGCCUCCUCAAGUACUAGUGUGGAGGUGCAGCCACUGAACCAGCUGUUGCUUCCUGCUCCUCCUGCAACUAAUGGUGCAGCUCCUCCAGCAAGGGUUGACCCCAAAAUGGACUUGCUGAGUGGUGAUGACUAUAGCUCAUCAAAGGCAGAAAAUCCGUUGGCUCUUGUUCCUGUGGUAGGACAACAGCCUGCCAGUCCUAUUUCUCAGCAGAAUGCCUUAGUUCUUCUUGACAUGUUUUCAGAGACCAACAACACUCCAAAUCCUGUUAAUACUCAAUCUGCCAAUUUGACUAGACAGGGCAAUCCUUUGGCUCCGCAAAUCGAACAGCAGCAGAAUUUUCAGUCUCCCCAAGGUGGAUUUUACUCGAAUGGAAGCGUCCCAACCGUUGGAUCAUCUCAAUAUGAGCAGCAAAUGUACAUGCAAGGUGCUGGUUCUGCCUGGAAUGGCCAAAUUGCCCAGCAGCAGCCGCAGCCGCCUUUGCCAAUCUAUGGUGCUCAAAGCAGUGCGUCAUUAGACUCAUUACCACCACCGCCUUGGGAAGCUCAGCCAGUGGACAACAGUGGUCCAGUAACAGGUGCUCAAUACCCUCAACCAGUGCAAGUUACUCAAAUGGUUGUCACACAUGCGCCAAGUGGGGCUCAUUCUCUGGUGCCUCAACAAACGGGUAAGGACCAGGUGGUAGGUAUGCAUAUCGAGCCAAUUACAAGCAGCCAUUUGUCGACAGUUAAUAAUCAGGUUGGUCAGAGCCAGCAGUUUGGUUGGCACUCUCAGCCAAUCCAAGGAGGGCCAUACAUGGGAAUGUUUUCACAGCCCAUGCAAACUGCCCAGAUGGCAUCUAUGUACCCUCAACAAAUGUAUGGGAACCAAUAUGCGGGUUAUGGCUACGGUCAGCCACAAGGAGUGCAAUACCUAGAUCAGAGAAUGUACGGAUUAUCAGUCAGUGACAACAAUAGCUUGAGAAACUCCUACCAGGUUUCUACUUCAUCUUAUGUCCCACCUAGUAAGCCUUCUAAGCCAGAGGACAAGUUCUUUGGGGACCUUGUUGAUAUGGCAAAAGUGAAGUCAACGAAAUCCACUCCUGGUAGAGCUGGGUAGCAUGUGAAGUCAUGACUGGUUUUGGUGCUUUUUAUUUUGUUCAUUUAAUUUGGUUUGCUAACUUGCUUAUUUUCUCUAAUUUUUUAAUAUAUAUAAUAUUUGCUUUUCGCCUGCA